GCAAUGAUCAUCUAAGCUACUGUUGGAUGGAUCAAAAUCGUUUUCGCAUAGACUAUGGUAGGACAAUCUCCAGAUGCUCUGGUAUGGUCGGGGGUGGGGAGAGUCCACUCUCACUCUGGAAGUGCUCUUACAAGGCCAAGCAUAUACGCCCACUAUCACGAAAGUCGUAAUUACUGCUUUCUCACACCAGAAGUGAUGUUUACGAAAUUAAAAGAGAGAAAAGAGAAUGUCCGGCGCUUUAACCAGGUAAACACGGAAGAUCCAUUUAAGGGGUUGGAAAACCCUGAUUUCAAACCAGUGAUGCACAUGGGUUCCAGGAUCCUGAAAGAACAAAAGGCGUAUGAACCUAUUGUUGGUCACCAGUUACCUUGGGACUUUAUCUCCUAAAGUCGGCUUGUGGAUUAGACCUUUAGGUCAAAGGCUUCAGGUGUGACCCCCGGAGAGAACUACGUGCUUCGGUCCGGGCACCCUGGAAAUAUCACAGCCCUCACACGAAUCAAUAAUAACUGUGUGGCGCACUUGUAUUUGACUCCCUUUUGUACCAAUGUUUAUGUGUUCAAAUAAAUAAAAAUAAAAUAAAUUACUCGACAUUCAACUAAUAAGUUGCAGGUUUGAAUACACUGACUAAUUUGGUUUGGACGGUUGGGUAUCAUCAUACUGUCUUAAAAUCAAAAUUAUUUUCCUCAUUACUGAGCAUAAUGGGUACAAUAAAAUGAUUAUAAGUAUUCUUUUUGCUGUUGAAUAGGCUGAACGUUUCUUGGUAUUUACACUGCUUGAGAAUGGUAGGAUCCUUUAGUAGCAUACACAAUUCACUUGAUGUAGUGGUCACUUUCUUUUCCACACAUUGUUAUGUCUCUAGAAUUGUAGUUACUUUGUCCGAUAUUCCUGAGUAAUUGUUGUUAAGUUAUGGUGGAAUCUUGUAGUAAGCUCAUUUCUUACUAGUCACACACCGUAUUGGGGAUGAUUGGAAGAAAUUCAGGGGCAGCCAAACCAAAACGUGCCAUCAGUCCUUGAAGUCAUUAACUUCUUGUUUUAGCCAUUUUGGUAGAUGCAGGGGUCCGCGUGACUACCGUAAGCAAUAGUCAGAGACUCUGGGUGACAUGGGUUAGAAUCGAUCACAAUGGCGUAGGUGUAUACACCAUCUUUCCUUAAACUGUGAAAUUAAAAUUGCUUUAUAUCUUUCUUUUCACCAACUAAUUCUUUCUUCCUGUACUAUAUUCUUAUACACAACUCUUCUUUUAUAUAUUACUACCACUGAAGUAGCUACUAUGAAUUUGGUGUUCAUCUUGUGCUGAUAAGUUGUAGCAACUUGGACCGAUGCAUAUAUGUGCCUGGUCCUACGUUGUAGUUGACUGAGUUCCAUUGUCCUAAUUACUUAAGAAUGUCAUUAAAAUCAGUAAAUUUUUAACACUGAAAUAUAAACUACUGUAUGCUCAUAGGGAAUUCAGUCGUCUAAGCACCUAGUUUUGUGCACCCAAUCACUAUUAUGAACACCACUUUAUCUUAAAUGACUAGUAAAUCAAGUUACAAUCCUUUUAUAAUAAGUAGAAUGAAUAUCACAACGAACUUGUGUCUGGUUAUUGAGAUGCCGUUAUACUUGUAUUAAAUACUUUUAUAUGAGUUUUUAAACCUGAUUUUGUUUUCGAAUAAAUUGUCUAUAAGAAUACAGAUUUUGUUGUUACAAUCGGUUUAUCAAUGACAACCAAUCCGUCUUCAUCUCAACCCCUUGGACAGUCAAACAAAAGCCCAAGAGAGCACUUGCAUGGUGGUCUUCCAACAUCUAGUUCAGCACCUCGUAAUCGUUUAUCUGGUCAUAACCACUCGUCCCAUGAAUCAAUCAAUUCUAUCAAUCCCGAUCAAAUGCUUUAUUAUGGGGCGAAGCAAAUAAUCAGCUUAUUUAUACCAGUGACAGUUUGCAUGUUGUUUGUUGUCGCUGUCGCUUCGACAGUUGACUUUUAUGGACAUACGGAUCAGUACUUGUUGUAUACACCAUUUCAUACACCAAAUGCAGAUAUUGGGACACAAACAUGGCAAACAAUAGCUAAUACUUUAAUAUUUAUGAGUGUAGUUGUCGUAAUGACAUGUGUCCUUGUUUUAUUGUUCAAGUAUCAGUGUUAUAAGUUUAUUCGGGGUUGGAUAAUGAUGACGACCAUUUUCUUACUUUUCCUGAUAUCGUUCAUGUUUUUUGCUGAAGUUCUUCGAGCUAUGGGUGUAUUUGUUGAUUAUAUUACAGUAGCGUUUGCCUUAUGGAAUUUCGGUGUUGUGGGAAUGAUAGUUAUUCAUUGGCGUGGACCAUUAGUUCUACAACAAGCGUAUUUAAUAUUUAUAUCUGCACAGAUUUCAUUAAUGUUUUUAAAGUAUCUACCCAAAUGGACGUGUUGGCUUGUUUUAGCAGCGUUAAGUGUUUGGGAUAUAGUAGCUGUUUUGUGUCCAAACGGACCAUUGCGAUUGCUCGUAGAAAUGGCGCAUGAACGACAACAACCUCUUUUCCCUGCCCUUCUAUAUUCAACUACUACAGUUUAUCUUGUCAAAAAACAUCAACCACUUGAGAAAGUUGAAAAUGAUCAACAAUUUGUUGGAUCCAAUAUUACAUGUUCUGUUGAUACUCCGAAUGAAGCGUCAAAUAUUAAUUGUACUACACAAUCUUGUCCUACUACAUCGGAGUUGGUAGUUUCAGAUGGCAGUAACCAGCCGAUGACAGGGAAUUCAAGAAACAUGUUAAAUAUUCCUAAUAAUACGUCCCGAACCGAUGUAAUUGUAGUUGAUACUCCUGAUGACAAUAUGAGUAAUAAUGAUGCCAGGAAUAAUAAUGAAACUAUAUCACAGGCACCUCAUGAAACAGAUACACUUGUAGCAGGCCGGCCCAAUCGUUGGCAAGAACUGCAAGCAGAUUUAAUUGAUCGUGACUCAAAGGGUGUAAAACUUGGUCUAGGCGAUUUUGUAUUUUAUAGUUUAUUGAUUGGUCGUGCAACACUUGAUGGCGAUGCAGUCACUGUGGUCACAUGUUAUGUGGCUAUAUUAGUUGGAAUGUGUAUUACUGUUAUAGUAUUGGGAAUUACACGACAAGCAUUACCAGCUUUACCAAUAUCCAUAACAUGUGGUAUUUUAUUUUAUUUUGUCAGUUCAGCGACGAUAUCACCGUUUCUUGAAGCAACAGCAAUUGAACGUGUGUUCUUCUGACGUGAUUUAUUAUUAUUAUUAUUAUUAUUAUUAUUAUUGUCACUACUGCUGUUAUUAUGAUUGCUUUUUCUUGUUUUUAUACAAUCUUCAGUGUUACCGUUGAUUUUAAAAUACUCAUUGAUAAUUUAUCAUCUGUCAUUUUUAUGUUUAAUAUUCAACUUUUAACUGUGAAUUUUAGAUCCAAAACUAUAAUGAUAAGUUUUCAAAGAAUUUUUAUUCAAUAAUAAAGAUUUUAAAAAUGUCUUGU